UGGGAUUUGAAAGUUGCAGCUGCCGGGGAGCCCGGUGUGUUUUCACGCCGAAGAAUUCGUGUGCGGGUUUUGUUUAUGUUACAAACGGGCGGAAAGUGAAUGAAGAGGCUUGUGGCCUGCUGUCUGUCAGAUCUCCUACUGCUACUCAUCCACCUCCUGAACACUCGUAAUAUUCCCUUGCUGUGAUGGAUGCCGAGGUGGUUCUCCAGGAGGAGGACAUGGAGGGCUCGUGGACGCUGCUCUCCUGGUUGGCAUCAUUCGUAAUGGUGUUUGGGGGAGCCCUGCCUUAUGUGCCGCAAUAUCAGGAGAUCCAGAAAAGCAGCAACACUGAGGGAUUCUCCACCAGAGUCUGUCUGGUGCUGCUCAUAGCUAACAUCUUGCGUAUAUUUUUCUGGAUAGGGAAGCAGUUUGAGGUGACCCUGCUGCUUCAGAGUGUGGUCAUGAUUCUCACCAUGUUUGCCAUGCUCCACCUUUGUUGCGCUGUGCAAAACACCAACAGAGUAAGCACCAAGCAGCAUCGCCUUUCAGACCUGAACUUGCAUUACUUCUGGAAGUGGAGCGCCUUUGAGGACUACCUCCUCUUCUGCUUCGGCUUCACCGUCGUGUGUGCAGUCAUCACCCUGCUGCUGCUGGACUCUGUGGUGUUUGUGGAGACUUUGGGUUCGCUGGCCGUGAUGUUCGAGGCCAUGCUGGGCGUCCCGCAGCUGCUGCAAAACUUCCAUAAUCACUCCACAAAAGGCAUGAGUGUGAAAAUGGUGCUGCUGUGGACAGCUGGUGACGUCUUCAAGACCACCUAUUUUGUGAUGAAUGAAAGCCCGGCGCAGUUCUGGGUGUGCGGUUCAGUCCAGAUCCUGAUUGAUGUCGCCAUCCUCCUCCAGGUCCUGUUUUACAGCCAAGACACAAGAGCCAAGCUGGGCUGAGCAUGUCUGUUACAGUGACUAACAUAAAAGCCCGAGUGUUUGAGUAAGUUUCGAGGACUCUGAUGACUUCACGCCCUUUAGAACAUGGUGCAGUGUUGAUAGCGUUUAAUGUUUAGUGCCAGAGUAAGGACAAACCAAAAAGUGUGUUUGUUUUGUUUUUCUUUGGUGUGGUUGUUCAUUUCUUUUACUGUUCAUACUAUUCUAGUGUCAAAGAGACCCAACCGAGUUACCUGUAAAUGCCAUAAAGCCAAAAUUCAUGCAUUAGCAUCUUUAAUCAUGCCCUAGCACCUAAAUGCAUUUGCCUGUACAUUUGUACUUAUUUUGCUACGUGUCUCCUGAAGUGUAGUGGGCAUGGAAAUUGUAAGGAGGAUGCAUUACUCAUAUUGGCAGCUCACUAACGACAAAUAUGCGCUUCUGUAAUGGCAACCGUAACAACCAGUCCUGCACUGGUAGGCCUCCACUGGACCCUGCCGCCUGACUGAUGGCUCUCCCACUUCACACUCCUCACUUCACUGGACUGUUUCUCAUGAUACAUAAUAUGUGAGCUUGUCUGUGCCUUUGCAUGUGUGCGAGGUUGUCGUUCUCUCUGGUGUGUUAGUGUAGCUGAAAUUGAUUUUCGCCGUUGGCAUCGAGAGCCAAGCCAAAGCUUCAGAAUGUACAUCGAGUAAUCUACACAGGCCAUCAAUCUGUGUGUUAUGUAUGGUGGUUUGAUUGACAUGCAGUACAUGUCUCCACACAGUAUACAUAGAAAUAUGAAAAAUGUGGGCAGUGAUGGUUUGCACUUUUCCUCAGCUGCAAAAUGUGUUACGGGCAUCGGAAACACUGCAGACUUCAGGGCAACUGAACUUCUCGAGGGGACAGUGUUACUGAAUCUUUGUGGUAUUGCAAU